AUGGCUGUCCAUGUGUGGGGACUCGUCGCCAUCAUUGUGUUCUACUUGCUUAUUUUCAUCCUUGGCAUCUGGGCGGCAAGGAAAAAUAAAAAGAAAGGGAAGGAGGCGACGAGUGAGGACAUCUUGUUAGCAGGGAGAAAUAUUGGGGUAUUUCUUGGUAUCUUUACCGCGACAGCUGCGUUCUUCUUUGUCAAAAAGAUGCGUGAAAGCAAUUGUAUCACUAUGCUGGACCCCUUCGACCGGAAGUUUGGUAAAAUCAUGACAGGGUUCCUGUUCUUGCCGGCUUUUUCCGGGGACAUAUUUUGGUGUGCUGCAACUUUGUCUGCAUUGGGUACAACUUUGACAGUGGUUGUCGGGCUCGACCACUGGAUCGCCAUCACGGUGUCGGCAGCUGUGGUCCUUAUAUACACGUUGUUCGGUGGCCUUUACUCGGUCUCCUACACUGACGUCAUGCAGAUGUUGUUCAUCUUUGUAGCCCUGUGGUUGACCAUUCCAUUUGCUUUGUCUAACCCCUUGAUGACGUCACUAUCAGAGACGUCAGAGAAGUGGGUAGGGACGGUCCCCGGCCGUGACGUCAGCACCUACAUAGACAUACUGCUACAACUGAUGUUGGGAGGAAUACCUUGGCAGGCUUUGUGGCAGCGCGUCCUGGCCAUGAAAUCGGCGAGGUUGGCGCAGUGGAUGUUGUACGGAGGCGCCGUAGGGACUCUUGUCUGCAUGAUCCCACCAUUGCUCAUAGGGAUGGUGGCAGUAUCAGUUGUUUCUCUGAUUGGCCUUGGCGCCAUCUCCGCUGCAGUGAUGUCGUCUACGGACUCCAUUUUGCUUUCCUCGAGCUCAAUGUUUGCCAUCAACAUCUAUAAACCUGCUAGACUAGGGAAGGCCAGUGAACGUGAGGUUAUCUGGGCCAUGCGAGUAUUUAUGAUUCUCAUGGCCAUUCUGACCACGGUGUUGGCCAUCGAGAUCACCAGCAUCUUCAAUCUGGCCGUUUUGGGCUCCGAUCUAGUUUAUGUCAUUCUGUUCCCUCAGAUGAUCUCGGCCUUGUUCGUGGACGAUGCAAACAUCUACGGAUCCAUUGCUGGGUAUAUUGUGGGAUUGAUCAUCCGGGUACUUAGCGGGGAGCCGUUGCUAGGUUUGCAAGCAGUUCUGCGGUGGCCUUGGUAUGAAGCGGAAACGAAUUCCCAGCCGUUCCCCUAUAGGACGGCUAGUAUGCUCCUCGGCUUGUUAACUAUCCUGCUCGUGUCACACGUCACAAACGUGGCGUUUCUGGCAGGAUGGCUGCCAAGGCGGUAUGACGUACUCAAAGGCAUUACUUGGUAUUCAGAGAGUAAAUCAAAAGACCCCGCGGUUGAUCAACGAUCAGUUGAGAUAGAAGAGCAUUUACUUCCGGACAAUACUAAGGAUAAUAUUGCUUUGGAGAUACGUCCCAGACAAAAGGUAGAAACAAGUGAAGCUCAAAACGAAGAUCACACAUGUUAUGAGCAGAUGACGCCUUCAUGUUGGAGCCAGUCUAACAAGAAUGCAAGUCCUAGGAAUGGAAGUCCGGAUUCCCAAAUGAUUUGUACACGUUAG